GAAAACAAAUACAUAGAAUAGAAAGUGAAGAAUAAAGCUGUUAACUAUUGUAAAUUUGUGCCGAUUUUAUACUAUGCUCUAAAUAAUUUAUUGGAAAUGGAUAGUGACGACGGAGGAGAUCAAGGCUCAUCGGGCAUUGACUUGACGGGUUUUUUAUUUGGUAACAUAGAUGAUAGUGGUCAACUUGAAGAUGAUGGAUUAUUGGAUGGAGACUCGAAAAAGAUGCUUUCGUCUCUUAGUCGGUUAGGGCUCGGAUCCUUGAUUUCAGAAGUUCUCGAACAAGAAGACCCAUCCAUAGAUGAAGACGAUAAAGAUUUUUCCCAGAAAAGUCCAUCUGCAGAAGACUUUUUUGACAUUGAUGAUGCCGCUGAAGACGAAAAGGCUGAAUCAACUCCUCCUUGGAAUAUAAAGCAUGAUAGUGGAAAGGAUAAAGAAUUUAAAAAUGAGAACAUACAUAAUUUGGACAUAGAAAUUAAUAAAUACCAACAGGAUGAUAAUUUCACAUAUACCAACAAUGACAUGUGGAGAGAUACUGAAAUUUAUCAAUAUAGCUAUCGUACUAAUGAUGAAGGCUAUGAAGGAGACAUGGAAGGUGAUGGAGGACUUAUGCCGCCACCUUCAACUAUUCCUAAACAGAGGUCUGACAGGCCAAAAAAGUUGGAAACCCCCUUAGCUGCAAUGCUUCCCUCAAAAUAUGAAAAUGUUGAUGUAACAGAACUAUUUCCAGAUUUCAAACCAGAUAAGGUGCUAAAUUUCUCCCGUUUAUUUGGCCCUGGAAAAUUAUCGAGUCUUCCCCAAAUAUGGCGUGGUGUUAAGAAGCGACGUCGUCGUAAACGUAGUGGAAGUACUGGCAGUGACACACCUCCAUUGCCUGAUCUACCUGAUCCAGAGUAUGCCAGUGAUGAUGAGGAAAAGUUUUUAAAGCCGAUGGAAGAUAAUCAACAUACAUCUCAGCAAGAUAACUCAUCACCAGGUGAUAAAAACGACAAGAGCCAAAGACCAACACCAGCUCAUUGGAGAUUUGGUCCAGCACAAGCUUGGUAUGACAUGUUGAAUGUUCCCGAAAAUGGGGAGGGAUUUGACUACGGAUUUAAACUUAAGAACUCUGAAAAUGAAGAAGAAUCCAAAAAUGAAGAACAGCACCAUGAAGUACAAAACACUGAUGGUACUCCAGAUAGUGUGUUUCCUGAUGAUGCAUUCCUUAUGGUUUCACAACUACAGUGGGAAGAUGAUGUCAUAUGGGAUGGCAGUGAAAUGAAACAAAAAGUGUUAGCUCGUUUGAAUAGCAAGAGCAAUGCAGCGGGGUGGGUUCCCACAUCUGGCAGCAGAACGGCACAACAGUUCUCUCAUCCGAGACCACAGCAGCCGACACCUGUGCAAUCUAAGCCAGCAACUGCCACAUCAUCUUCGUCCAAUAACCAAAACGCCACUCAGGGAGAUGGUGAAGACAAUACUUGGUACAGCAUUUUUCCCGUUGAAAACGAGGAGUUAGUGUAUGGAACGUGGGAAGAAGAAGUUAUAUGGGAUGCUCAAAAUAUGACCAAAAUACCCAAACCUAAAAUAUUGACACUUGAUCCUAAUGAUGAAAAUAUUAUAUUGGGCAUACCCGAUGAUUUGGAUCCAUCUAAGAUUACUAGAGAGAGAGGUCCUGCGCCAAAAGUUAAGAUACCGCACCCUCACGUGAAGAAGUCCAAGAUACUGCUGGGCAAGGCCGGUGUGAUCAACGUGCUGCAGGAGGAUGCUCCGCCACCGCCGCCCAAGUCACCAGACAGAGAUCCCUUCAACAUAUCCAACGAUGUUUAUUACCAACCAAAGUCACAGAACCCGCGACUUAAAGUAGCAGGUGGCCAGUUGAUCCAGCACAGCACACCCGUGGUGGAACUGCGGGCCCCAUUCAUUCAGACCCACAUGGGCCCGGCUAGGUUGAGGGCCUUCCACCGUCCCCCAAUUAGGAAACUGUCCUAUGGGCCUUUAGCAGCAUCGGGCCCACAUCCAGUUCAACCUCUUUUGAAGCAUAUCAAGAAAAAGGCGAAGUUGCGUGAGGCGGAACGUCUUGCGUCGGGUGGUGGUGACGUGUUCUUCAUGCGAACCCCCGAGGACCUGAGUGGACGUGACGGCGAACUUGUCUUGGUCGAGUUCUGCGAGGAACACCCGCCGCUCAUCAGCCAAGUCGGGAUGUGUACCAAGAUCAAGAAUUAUUACAAACGGACUGCUACCAAAGAUACCGGGCCAAAGCAGUUCAGAUAUGGGGAGAUUGCGUACGCCCACACAUCUCCAUUCCUUGGCAUAUUGCCUCCGGGGGCUACUCAGCCUGUGGUAGAGAACAAUAUGUACCGGGCGCCAAUAUACGAACACUCACCUGCCUCGACAGAUUUUCUUAUCAUUAGAACUAGGCAGGCGUACUACAUACGUCGCGCGGACGCUCUAUUCGUCGCUGGUCAGGAAUGCCCGCUCUAUGAAGUACCCGGGCCAAACUCAAAGAGAGCUAAUAAUUUCGUCAGAGACUUCUUGCAGGUGUUCAUAUAUAGAUUGUUCUGGAAGUCUCGCGACCAGCCCCGACGCAUAAAGAUGGACGAUAUAAAGCGAGCGUUCCCCUCGCACUCGGAGAGUUCUAUCCGCAAGCGUCUUAAACUUUGUGCGGACUUCAAACGAACGGGCCUGGACUCGAACUGGUGGGUGAUAAAGCCAGAAUUCCGGUUGCCUUCGGAGGAGGAAAUACGUGCGAUGGUGUCACCGGAACAAUGUUGUGCGUACUUCAGUAUGGCGUCCGCAGAACAGAGGCUCAAAGACGCGGGGUAUGGAGAGAAGUUCAUCUUCACCCCACAGGAAGAUGAUGAUGAAGAAAUGCAAUUGAAGAUGGAUGAUGAGGUCAAAGUAGCACCAUGGAACACAACCCGCGCGUACAUUCAAGCGAUGCGCGGUAAAUGCCUGCUGCAGCUAACAGGCCCCGCAGAUCCCACAGGGUGCGGCGAAGGGUUCUCAUACGUGCGUGUGCCCAACAAACCCACGCAGCAGCCCAAUGAGGAGCAGCAGCCCAAGCGGACUGUCACCGGCACAGACGCAGACUUGAGGAGACUCAGCUUGAACAACGCUAAGGCACUGCUGAGGAAGUUUGGUGUGCCGGAGGAAGAGAUCAAAAAACUGUCCCGUUGGGAAGUUAUUGACGUGGUGCGAACAUUGUCUACGGAAAAAGCCAAGGCUGGUGAAGAGGGUAUGACAAAAUUUUCGCGUGGAAACCGAUUCUCCAUCGCGGAGCAUCAAGAAAGGUACAAAGAAGAAUGCCAGCGUAUCUUCGAGCUGCAGAACCGUGUGCUGCAGAGUACAGAGGUACUGAGUACAGAUGAGGCGGAGAGCUCCGUUAGCGAGGAGUCUGAUCUGGAGGAGAUGGGAAAGAAUCUUGAAAACAUGCUCGCUAACAAGAAGACUACUGAGCAGCUAACAAUGGAGAGAGAAGAAGCUGAGCGUGCGGAAUUGAGAAAAAUGAUAAUGGGCCAAUCGGAGAAGAAGCCUCAAAUUAAUCAGAAUGAGCAAUCUUCUAACCAAGGUCGCGUGCUCCGCAUCGUGCGCACAUUCCGUAACGCGUCCGGACAGCGGUACACGCGCGUGGAGCUGGUACGCAAGCCGCAGGUCAUCGAGGCGUACAACAAGAUCCGCUCGACCAAGGACGACACCUUCAUACGACAGUUCGCCACCAUGGACGAGUCGCAGAAGGAGGAAAUGAAGCGCGAAAAGAGGAGAAUACAGGAACAAUUACGACGCAUUAGAAGAAACCAAGAGAGGGAGAGACUCGCUGGGAAUGUCACAAUUCCUAGUGCCAUUGGAGGGGAGACUGCAAGCAUGUCUACGACGGGAGAUUUAGGCUCAGCGUCACCUGGACUCAUCCCGCUCGGACAAAUCAAAACGGAACCAGGAGACAUGCAGACGCCGUCUCGGAGACGCAACAAACUUAAAGCCGAUCUCAAGCUAAAGUGUGGUGCGUGCGGGCAAGUAGGACACAUGCGUACCAACAAAGCGUGUCCACUGUACACGGGCGGCGGUGGACCGUCCUCGCCCGACAGAGACGAGCGGGAUGUUGAACCCGUCGACGAGGAUCUCACUUAUGUUGAAGGAACUAAGCUGACUCUGCCAUCCAAGAUUGUUAAGCAAUCGGCUGACGAAUUCCGUCGCCGCAGCGGCUGCCGUCGCGGUGAGAUCCGUCCGGCAGGCCGCUACCGCCGGCGCGGCACGGCCAGUGAAUCUUGCGACUACCUGGUGAAGAGACCAGCCGAGCGGCGCCGCACCGACCCUUUGGUGACACUGUCCUCGCUGCUGGAACAAGUGCUCAACCACAUGCGUCAUCUGCCCGAUGUGCAGCCCUUCCUGUUUCCUGUUAACCCGAAGCUGGUUGCGGAUUACUACCGCAUUGUAUCGCGACCGAUGGACCUCCAGACGAUAAGAGACAACAUAAGACAGAAACACUAUCAGAGUCGAGAGGAGUUCCUGGCCGAUGUCAAUCAAAUUGUAGAGAACUCAAGUCUGUAUAACGGUCAAAACAGUAGUCUCACCGUGGCGGCGCAACGCAUGAUGCAGCGAUGUUUCGAGAAACUGGCGGAGAAGGAACAAGAGUUCAUGAAACUUGAAAAACAAAUUAAUCCACUGCUUGAUGAUAACGAUCAGGUCGCUCUGUCGUUUAUAUUUGAGAACCUGUUGACGACCAAACUGAAGGUGAUGAGUGAAGCUUAUCCCUUCCUGAAGCCUGUUAACAAGAAGCAGGUCAAGGACUACUAUAGCGUCAUCAAGAAACCAAUUGAUCUGGAUACGAUGGGGAAGAAGAUUCAAGCACACAAAUAUCACAGCCGGGCAGAGUUUCUAUAUGACGUACAGCUGCUCGUCGACAACUGUCGAGCGUACAACGGUCCUAACUCGCAGUUUACACGCCAAGCCGAGGCGUUGCUCAAAGUAACGCAGGAAUCUCUGGAAAAGUUUGACGAGCACGUGAGCCAAUUGGAGGCGAACAUUGCCCGCGUCCAACAGAAAAUGCUGGAGGACGCUGAGAUUUUGUCGGAUCUGGAGGAAGAUGUCAUUCCCGUCUCGUCGGAUGAGAAGCGCGGCCGGGGUCGGCCCAGGAAACACAAACCGAUGCCGUCUUCUUCGAUGGACGAAGCGACGCCGAGGAAACGCGGUCGCCCGAGAAAGGAUCAAAACAGUUUGGUUGAUGAUCUACAAUAUUCAGACAGCGGCAGUUCUGGUCUCGAAGAGGUCGAACAAAAAGAUGACACGUUGGUUCAGCUCUCUGUUAAGCCAGAGGAAGCCGAGAGCAGCUUCGAUACGUCGGAGUUCCUGAUCAAGCGCGAGCUGCCCGACGAGCCGCCACACGUGACCCACGAGCUCGUGGAUCUCGACGCACAUAGCGGAGACUAUACAUACCCGCCGCCCGUCGUAAAGGAAGAGCCACUAGAACUGGACAUGAACCUAGUCCCACAGCUAGAUAGCAUGCCGGGAACAUCAGCAGCGCCACCGCAGUUCAAAGAAGAACCGAUUGAGAAUUGGCAGCCUGAGCCGGCCAUACAAGAUGAUCUUCGGGUCGUCUACUGCCAGCGAGGAUGAAGGCGAGGACGGGCUUUGGUGCUGAACCAUUUAUGUUACCACUGUUUUUAUGGUAGUUUUAUAAGAUAGUAUAGAUAUUAAGACUAGGCUCUCAGAAAUAAUUCUAGCGGUGAUUUCCCCCAUUCGCUCCCCUACCCCGCAAGAUUGCAUUGCGUCUAGCGGAGUGCCCCUUGUUCGAGCCAAGGAAAAGACUGAAAUCAUAUUUUAAAAUUCAUAAUAUCUAUUAUACACACGACGCGCGGAGCGGCGGACGUCUUAUGAUCAGGAUAGUUGGCGUAAAGGUUCGAUACCCGCUGGGAACAUUAUAAUAUAUUUUCCAUGUCUCAUACUUAUUUUUACUGAACUAUAAUCUGACUGAAUUGAAUGAACAUGAGUGUUUCUUAAAUAAAUGUGACCAGGCAACUAACUAUUGUAAUUGAAGCUAAAACAAAAACUCGAUCGUCAAUUUCUUUUUAUAGAUGGUGGUGACUUUAAACUAUUACUAUAAAGUGUACCCAUGCGCAACUUGAACAGUCCUAGAGACUAAAGACUUAAGUGAAUAAAGUGAGUAAAUAAAGAUGUGGAGACUUAAUAUUUUUAAUUCCAAAGUUUCUGCAAUAAUAAUAAACCAAUUUAGGUCAGCCCUUCACCUUUGGAAUUAUAUAUCAUUCAGGGUUCAUAUCAUAUCUUCAAUACCUAAGCUAUUCCAUAUUGUAUAUCUUGAGAUAUAUAGAUUACGUGACACGUUGUUUGUCCGCGAUGGACUCCUAAACUAAUGAACGGAUUUAAAUGGGGAUUACUUCAUGGAGUGCAGUUUGGGCCAACUUAAGAGAUAGGAUAGUUUUUAUUUAGAUUUGAAACCCAUAAUUAUUUUUAUUUUCAAUAUUUGUUUUGUAUGGACAUUUUUUCUAUAGAGAAUUUAGUGACGUACGGUUUGACAGUUCCGCGACAUUUUUUACGAAAUAAUUCUUGAUGUUUUGAAAUAUUAUUGGCAAAUUCUUAUAAAACAGUAUUUUUUUAUUAUCUACAUAGCAACGGCUGUCGGGUCAGCUAGUUAUAUAAUUCAAAAGAGAGAUUCGUAUGUAAAAUGCAAUAAUUAUACACAAGGUGGGAAAAAUAUGCGAAAUAUAUUCCUUUUAUCGCAUGUUAUUAAAAGUAAUGAUUGUUUUACUGUUUACUGUUUACUUCUAUCUUUUGUUAAUUCAUUAAAAUAUGGCCUUCGUCAGUUCAAUCGUCUUUGCUCGUUUCCAUACAAAUGACAUUUUCAUAGAUUUUUAAGAGUUCGUCGGAAUUUGUAUGUUAAUAUUUCUAUGUUCUUUCUCUUCUAUCUUGUCGUUUUGCCGAGGAACACCUUUAACACAAAUUCAUAUUUAAAUAAUGUUCUAUGUUCCAAUAUCUAUUACAAACAAUUUGUUAUUUUUAAAGUGAUAUCCCUCACUUCUGGGAUUAAUUAUACGAAUUAAAUUUGUUACCAAAAUUUAUGAUCUACGCGGGAACCCGCGCCCUCUCGGGUUCCGUUUGCCAAAACGAAUUCAUCCAAAUUUCCUACCUAGUUUACCUUUACAGCGCAAACUCAAAAUAUUGUACUGUUUGGAAAACUUAGAAAAACCUGCGCGGUAAUCAGAAUAUUUUUUUCACUAUUACGUAAACGGGCUAAACAGCUUAUUAACACAGGUCAUAUGUGAUCUAAAAUUGUAUUCCCAUACUGUUGAUUUUAAUAAUAUGUUGCUUAUGCAGGAAGACUUGAGUAAGUUCUUAAACUUAUUCAAUUAUGUUUAUGGCAAUACUAAGGAACCUACGUUUUUUUAUUUGCCAUUGGUAAACGGAUUUCGAUAAAAAAAAUCUCAUGUACCUAAUUAAGGGAGCCUAGCCUUAAUAUAAAGAUAUGCAUAAUUAUAGGGAUAAACAACAUUGUAUUGGUUGUGUAAGAUGAGAUGAUUAUAUAAAUAAACACUUCUCUAUAUUA